UUCUCCCCAAACGAGCUUGAUGGGCUGAAUGGCCUCCUCUCAUUUGUACAUUUCUUAUGUUUUUAUGUUCUAGUAUUAGUAGUACUGUACUGCAACUCAGAAUUGUUGCUUCCAACAGAACAAUGAAAUAUUGAAAAAUAUGUUAGCAUCCAAGGUUAUUAGAUACACAAGGAACCAUUUUUUAGCAGUUAUGAUUAUGCUGAAAUGAAUAAAUGAAUAACAACUGGUGUCAGAAUGUGAAUUCAAAUACAUUUACAGUGGCUCUGUGUUUACAGCAGCUAUUCCACUUUGAUUAUAUUUGGUUUUAUUAUCUAAUACCAAUAUGUCACUUGUUACUAACAUCAAUGCUGGGAUAUUCCUGUUUCAUUAACUUCCUCAGGAGUACUAAUAGAUUUUUAUGUAAUAUGAAAACAAACAUGUAACCUCUUUUAUCUGCACAUUAUUAUCUGUGUACUGUAGGUUACAGAGAUUCAUAUAAAGUGUCUCUGUAUAAUCCUGGUGUAACUACUCAGGACCAUAUCGACUGGCAUAUGUGUGCUAUCAAUCCCAUUUUUGUGGAGUAAUAUAAAAUAUGUAAUAUAAUAAUAUAAAAUAAGAUCUGGGAGCAUCCUUAUAGAUUGACAGAAUAUUUCUUUUCUCCUGUCUUGGGUACAAAUGAUUCUAUAGCCUUAGGAAUGUAGAGAAUAUCUUUUGUCUGCUGAAGUAUAUUUGAGUUUAGUCCACUAUGCUUGUGGAAUAUAGACAUGCUAGUUAAAUACAAAACAAUUUAGAACAAUGAUCUUACCCAGGACUAUUUUUAAUAAGACAGGUAUAUAUUAUUAGUGUUGUUGUUAUUGGCAUGAUACCUCUGCAGGUAACACUGUUGUUUCACCCUUACAUGGUUGAGGGUUUGAAUCGUGCUUCUGUUCUGUGUUUCUGUGGAAAUUGCAUGUUCUCUCUAUGUUAUGCAGACUUACUCUGGUAACUCUAGCUAAAGACAUGCCAGUUUGAUGAACAGACAUCUCUGAAUUGCCCGUAGUCGGUCUGUAUCAUGAAGGAGGAUUUGUUGCUUAGCCAGAUAACUUGUCGGAUUCAAGAUACCCCAGCAUGAAUGGACUAUAUCUUCAUGCACUUACAUGUAGCCCAGACUACGUUAAAUCUGAUAAGUAAUCUGGCUAAGCACGAAAACCAUCUUAGUAAUACAGGCCCACUGUACAUGAAUGAAUGUGUGUAUAUAUUCUAUCUAGCAUGUUCCCCUGCCUUGCACCCUGAGUUGCCUGGGGGAGACCUAUAUCCCUGUACUGAAUAAGUAGUUGGGAAAUGGCUGUGUUUAAAUUUAUUAUUAUUAUUAGUAGUAGUAGUAGUAGUAGUAGUAGUAGUAAUGUCAGCGGUUUGUGGGGUUAGUGGGGUAGGAUGUUGCCUCUGUAAUUGGAUGGUUGCUGGGUCAAAUCCCAUGACCAGCAGAGUGAUUUCACUGAUGGACUCGUGAGCAAGGCCCUUUACAUCAAACACUCCAGGGACUGAAAAAAAAAAGUGUUUUAUUAAAGUCCUCUGACCUUGCUUUCUCCAACAUGUAUGCCGUUUUGCGUAAAAGCAUCUACUGAAUGUAUAAAAUGUUGUGGUAGUAUUUUGAAUCUUUGUCGAAUGAGUACUGCUGUUGUUCAUAGUAAGGGCAGCAUGGUGGCACCCAUCUCUGAUGCUGGGAGUUAUAAUUCUCCCCAUUUAGCAUGAGUUUCCACCCCCAAUCGAAACACAUACAGUUAGGCUAAAGGGUAUCUGUAAAUUUUCCAUUGUGAAUGAGUCUGUAUGUGUGCACAUUGCCAAGGACUGCCAUCCCAUCCAGAGUGCCCCCCAGCCUUGUGCUGUCUACUGCUUGGGACAGACUCCAGGCUCCCCUAUGCAUCACUUUUAGCUGCUAUGAAUAAAGUCAUCUGCUAAUUAAAUGCAAAGUAAAUAAUGAAGACAGCUGAAUGUCUAAGGGUAUCCAUGCUUCAGCCUUAUUUCACAUCUAACUUAGUGAAUCUGGUAUGUGUAUCGUACAGUGUUCAUUAUGUGUGUGCCAACACCAGGAAAGUUUAACUACACUUCUUAAGAAUUCUGCAGUUAAUGGUAUUCCAAAUUAUAGUAUAUGAAUGGUUAUACAUUGUUACAGGAUGUGCAUCUCUACUAUUUAAUGUUUCAAACGUAUUAGAAAUAAAUUGCGAAACUCCUAAGUAGGAAUUAAGACGAAAAGUGCUCGACCACAAUAUUACGCUUGAGGUGAUAGAAAAUACCCAGAAGGGUGCCUUUUGAAUGGUUAUACUAAUCAUAUUUUGUGAUGCCAUCUGUUAUAGUGUAAAUUGCUGUUUUUAAGUUAUUUCACCCUAUUUUGUCUACAUUACCUCUAUACAUGUCGCUGUUGCCUGAUAAGUUUCGCCGGCUCUAUAAAUGCAUGGGAGCCAUGACAGUUUUCCGAGCGCGGGCUGCUCUGCGCGUGCUCGCUCUUUUCCAGAGAUAAUACCGUUCGCAGUGUCAUAUUACCCCGGAAUAUUCGGCUGGACAUUCUUUCGAGAAAAUAGCGCAUAUCCUCUUUUUCUGAUAUAUUGAAUGAGUAUUAUGCAAACUGUUUUUCUCUAACUAUGGCGUCAUUUUGCAAUGGGAAAUGCAUAUACUACGUCUGUGUUUUCUUCACAUUCUACGCGACGUGGAGCAGCGUCUGGGCCGUGACUCGUUACUCUGUUCCAGAGGAAAUGAAAGAGGGGUCAGUGGUGGCGAAUUUAGCGGCUGAUCUUGGACUCGAUGUUGGAAGUCUGACUGAACGUAAGGUAAAGCUUGAUAUCUUACAUAGCAAGAAGUAUUUGGACAUUAACAAAGACACUGGUGAACUGUAUGUUCUAGAGAAAAUAGAUCGGGAAUAUAUUUGCAACAUAAAAACCUCAUCGUGUUUUCUUAAAAUGGAUGUUACCUUGGAAAAUCCUAUUCGUAUAUUUAAUUUUGAAGUAGAAAUACUGGAUAUAAAUGAUCACGCGCCUCAUUUUCGGAAGGAAACGAUGCAUUUGGACAUUUCAGAAUCAACCUCAGUCGGUGAAAGGUUCUCUCUAAAUAAUGCAGUUGACCCGGAUUAUGGCUCAAAUUCAAUUAAAACAUACCAUCUAACUGAAAGCGAUCAUUUUAACCUAGACAUUCAAACAGGAAGUGAUGGAUCUAAAUACGCAAAUCUGGUUUUAAAAAAGGCGCUGGACCGUGAAAAGAAAGCUGUACAUAAUCUGAUACUUACCGCUGUAGACGGCGGAGUCCCUGCGCGCUCCGGCACCGCCAGCAUCAUUGUUCGUGUGCUGGACGUGAAUGACAACGCCCCUCAGUUUGAUCGCCAAGUUUACACCGUUAAUGUUAGCGAGAACUCACCUAUCGGGUCCCUUGUAAUGAAACUAAACGCCGAGGAUUUAGAUGAGGGUGGUAACGCAGAAAUCGUGUAUUCUUUCACACUUUACACGUCUGAAAAGACGCAGGAUUUGUUUUCUCUGAAUUCCAAUACGGGAGAAAUUAAAGUGAAAGGUGUGAUCGAUUUUGAGGAAAUAAAAACGCUUGAGAUGCACAUACAGGCUCAUGACAAAGGUAUUAAUCAGCUUUCAGGACAGUGUACAGUAAUGGUGUUUGUUAUUGAUGUUAAUGAUAACCAUCCAACAAUCACCAUUACAUCUCUUAAGACUGCUGUAAAGGAGAACGUUCCCUUAGGAACAGUUAUAGCACUUGUAGGAAUCAGUGACAGAGACUCAGGAGAUAAUGGUAUAGUCAACAUAACUAUAAAUCAGCAAUUACCUUUUGCAUUAAACAAGUCAUCAGAUAAGGAUUUUGCACUCAUAGUAUCAGAGCCUUUGGAUAGAGAGAAAGUUUCUGAGUAUGACAUCACUUUCAUUGUCACAGACAGAGGCACGCCUCCUUUGUCUGAUAAUGAAACAAUCACUUUAGAGCUCCUGGACAUUAAUGACAAUGCGCCCCUAUUUCCAAAGUCAUUCUAUACUAUUCCUGUGAUGGAAAACAAUGGACCAGGAUCUUUGCUGAGUUCUGUUGCUGCAGUUGAUCCAGAUCUACAUGAAAACCAGUAUUUGGUUUAUUUUAUCAUAGAGAAGGAAAUAGCAAACACGUCCAUGUCUAUGUUGUUUUCCAUUAAUCCAGAGAACGGUGACCUUUAUGCACUAAAAACAUUUGAUUAUGAGAGAGAGAAGGAAUUUCUGUUUCAUAUCGAAGCCCGAGAUUCUGGAGUCCCUCCACUCAGCAGUAAUGUGACUGUCCAUAUCAUCAUUGUGGACCAGAAUGACAACACUCCAGUUAUAGUGUCUCCAUGGAGCGCACAUGGCUCUGUGGUUGAGGAAGUGAUUCCAAGAUCCAUUGAUAAAGGACACCUGGUUUCCAAAGUUAUCGCCAUUGAUGGAGACUCAGUGCACAACUCUCGGAUCACAUACCAGUUCCUACAGCUUACGGAUGCUACGCUGUUCAGUCUGGACCAAUACAACGGGGAGAUUCGGACAAUGAGAAUGUUCAGCUACAGAGAUGCUCGUCACCAGCGCAUGGUUGUUCUAGCCAAAGACAAUGGAGACCCUGCUCUCUCUGCCACCGUCACCAUCAAGUUAUCGACUGUGGAACAGGCCGUUAAAGUCUAUUCUGACACCAUGGAGGUACCUUUGGAGUACGACAUCUUCUCAGACCUAAACCUCUACCUGGUGAUCAGUUUGGGUGCAGUUUCAUUUCUCUUACUAAUGACAAUAUUGGUCACCAUCGUGCUGAAGUGCCAGAAACCAAAACCCACCAAAGCGGCUCCUCCUGUAUGUAGGAACAGCAUCAUCAGCCAGAGGAACUCUACUAUAGCGGAUUCCACCCUGAUCUCCAGUGAUGCCUACUGGUACAGUCUGUUUCUAGCAGAGACCAGGAAAGGGAAGGUUGUGGUUAGGCAGCCGGUACCCAAGGCUGGAUACAUCAUUUCCAGUAUACCCAGGAGCACUGGCCUGACAGAAACCAGUGAAUCUGCUGCAUCCACACUGCAGGCCUCCACCACCACCAGCAGCAGCAGCAGCUCCUCCUGAGGCCUCCUCCUUCCCGUCGUUAGUGGUACUCCAUCAGUCACCUCCCCCAUUCCCGACAACCUGCUUGGAGACACCUCUGACCCCUCCCUUAACCCCCCCCCCAAAGGAAAAAAAAAAUCCCAAGCUACAGCAUCCAGUGAUCCAGCACCACUGUCAUCUCCUGCCCCUAAUGCAUGACACUGCAUGGCAACACCGUCUGGUUCUCACCAACACUACCCACCUGCAUUCCAGUGACAAGGGUCAGGAGCGUCUAGCUUGGUGGGAAUUCAUGAGCAUGUAAAUCAAACCAUAGAGAAGGAAAUGAGGGUGUGAACACAGAACUUCAGUUUUUCCACCAAAUCUCACUCCUUUUCUGUCAUACCUGAAAUGCGUAUUGUAAAAUAGGACAAAAGGGAAAAAUUACUGUUUUGUGCUGCAUGGUUUUGCUAAUUAUGGUUAGUACAUCAAGAGUAAGUAUGAGUAUAGUAAAGAGUCCCUUUUCAUUGAUCUUGAUGGCAAAAUGGAGACUUGUGAAAAUAUCUCAUUGUGCAUAACUUUACCCACAAACCACUGGGAGUUACAAGGAUGUUAGAUCAGUCGUCUUGCAACAUGCAGGCCCAGUGAGGCUGACUCCCCUCCCUCCCCUGCACCCCCCCCAGCCACCUCCACCACCCCCCCACCCCCACCCACAAUCUCCUAUCAAUGAUGCCACCUUUCUUACCUACAGCUUCCAGCCCGUGGGAUGAGUUUGUGUUGUGUGCACAUAUAUAUGUAUAUGAUACAAAGUACAUGGUUUAAAGGGUGAACGGGACUGUUGGGGGUGCAAUGGUCGGAACGAGUCCAGAACUCUCUGCGAGGAAGCGGCCUGGCCGAUUACUGAAGCUCUGUCCUCAUGCCAGGAACUGAUUUCACACCUGCAGUCACCUGUCCUGUAUCAGCAAGCUCCACAUAAGACAUUAGCCUGGAAUACGCCUGAUAUAUAACCAACUUUCCACCCAAAUAGUUUAGAACAUGUACUGCUAUCACUAUAUUCAGCAGACCUUUGUAGUUGUGAUACAUAUGUUACAGGUACAUUAAAGUAUUAUCCGUUUUAUAUAAUGUGAUGUAUGCAAAGUUAUUACGAAAAACAAGACCAAUAGACCAUGGAAUUUUGCUGACAUAUGCUAAAUAUUCUUGUUUUGUUGUUUUUAUAACAAAUAUGACUGAUGUAAGAAGGUGCUUUGGUUAAUAUUUUGACUUUACAACUUCAAAUUGUGCGGAAGCUGUUGGUUUUUAGUCAAUACUAUUUGUGAUUUAAAAAGUGGUCAUUGUUCUUUUUGUAAGGUACGGUUUGUAAAACAACAUUUUUGACAAAUGUCAGACUUUUAAUCAGAAUUACAUGUCAAUGUAGUUAAAGUGUUUUAACACAAGUUUUUCUUUGAAGUGUUUCCCCUCUCUAGUGUCCUCUUUCCAAGGUGAAAGGAGAGAUGAUUAGUUAAUGAUCUAGUUUAACAUAAUUUCCACCUGAUCACUAUUUCCUGAACCCUAUAAUAUGUAGAAGCAGUAAGCAGUAAAUGUUGGGCCACAAGUGUUCAGCAGCAGUACUAACAGUAUGAACCAGUUAAUAGAAAUAACCAUGGCAACAGCUAUGAUGAAAGCUUUGUUGGCUACAGUGCAAUUCUGUCAGUAUAAAUCCCCUCUACACCUAAACUGCCAUAUAGAAAACAGAAUUUCUCUCAUUAUGGCCAUAGUGUCCAUUAAUUACUAUUAUUAUUUUUGUUUAUUAAUACCUUUAGCUGUAAGACAUUUUCUAUGAACAGAAUAUGGUGCUUUGUGUACAGGGCAUACAGUAUGUAUAUGUGAACAGCUUAUGGGGGAUGUGGGUGGGCGAUCAUGAUUUGUGUGUCCGUGUGUCAGAGAAAAGGAAAAGAAAAACAAAAGGGAAAGAUUUAUCAGUUAAAAUGUAAGUGCUGCAGCAAGAAAUGUAGAAGAGCAAACGAUUAAUUAAAAUUAAGUUUAAAGCGGAAAAGUAAAAAUGCUUUCUAUGCGUAUAUUUAGAUAUUACAGACACCAGUAUUGCCACUCGGUGCUGAACUCUUCAGUUCUGUCAAAUCAAUCAGAACCACAUGCUUUCAGUAUUCUGGCGCACUGUGCUCUGCCAGUCCCCUGACAGUGCAUGUGUGUAUCUCAACAACAUGUUGGAAUAGUUCUGGGACUUAAUGUCCGCAAAGCAUCUGAUUCCUACAACCCUCAGUGUUGCUGCCUUCAUUAGAUCCCCAGAAGACAUAUCAGUACAAACUUCAAAUGUAAAAUUUACUAAUGAGAAGCACAUUUGAAUAUUGCCUUGUAGACCUGGAUCAAUCCACCCUUUUGUGAAAAAUCUCUUGAACUAUCUGAGUCUAGUCUAGUCUCGCUUAGAGUGGUCUCCGUGGGUGGGGGUUCCCUUUUUCACCCCUGCUGGAUAUCCUGAGGGAUAAAUAGCUUCAUCCUGCUCAGAGCUCAGUAUCCAGUGCUGUUUAAAACAAUCAAUAGUUUGUACUGAUAUAGAAAAAAAACGUCAUAUGGUACUCUUCUUAAUGUGGCCCCUGUGAAAGUGCAUUACACUAUAAAACAGCAUCCACAUACUGUUCUCCACACAAACCACCAGAGAAUGAAUGGAUGGGCAAAGGAAUGGAAAAGCAGCCCAGGUGUUGCAAGAUCAGACCUGGGAUGAAGUAGGAAAGAGAUGCUUCUCUGUGUUGGUGGAGAAUUACAGAACCUGAGUGUAACUGGGGCAGGUGAAGGUCUAAUCCUGCACCGGUUCCAUGAGUGAUGAUGUUUUAUGUGUACAGGUGAACAGAUAUGUUGCUAGUACAGACUGAAAUAAGACUUUUUUUGUCACGUUUAAACUCAAUUUCCACUGUAAAUAUGAUUGCUGUUACUGCUUGUCAAUGCUUAUGUGAGAAUAAAAGCUUUGAACAGAGA